UACAAAAGUAUAGUUGUUAAAAAUAAUGGGAGAAGUGAAGCUAAUUGCAUCUCCUCAAAGCUUUCCUUGUGCAAGAAUUGAAUGGGCUUUAAGGAUAAAAGGUGUUGAAUAUGAAUACAUACAAGAAGAUCUAUUAAACAAGAGUCCUUUACUUCUCCAAUCCAAUCCUGUCCACAAGAAAGUUCCAGUGCUACUUCAUGAUGGAAAAUCAAUAGCUGAAUCACUUGUCAUCCUUGAGUACAUAGAUGAGACAUGGAAGAACAAUCCUUUGCUGCCACAAGAUCCAUAUGAGAGAUCAUUAGCUCGUUUUUGGGCAAAGUUUAUUGAUGAAAAGUAUUUGGUUGGUGUAUGGGAAGCUUGUGUGGCUCAAGGAGAAGAAAAAGCAAAAGCUAUUGAUGCUGCAAAGGAGUUACUAUCAUUUCUUGAGAAGGAGAUUGAAGGGAAAAAGUACUUUGGUGGAGAGAAGAUUGGGUAUCUUGAUAUUGUAGCUGGUUGGAUAUCAUAUUGGCUUAAUGUUCUUGAGGAGCUUGGAGAAGUUGAAUUAGUCAAUGUUGAAAGUUUUCCUUCUCUUAAUGAGUGGGGUCAUAACUUCAUCAAAACUUCACCUAUCAAAGAUUGUGUUCCACCAAGGGAAUUGGUAGUUGAAUAUUUUAGCUUUGGUAUUAACUAUGUCCGUUCUUUGGCAUGUAAGGAAUAGGGUCGUCGUCCAUCUAGACCGUCUUAUCAAGAUCAGACAGAUUAUAUUUGGACUUUGUAUUUUAAACUCAAUUUAUCAAAGUCUAAAUGAAUGUUGUUUGUUCUUGAUUUGAUUGUUGAUAUUGAGAAUAUUUUUUAUUGAACUAUGUUUUGAAUGCAGGAUAGGAAAAUGUGAGAAGUAUGGUUAGGUCAAUAAGUUUAUGCUGUUUUCUUUGGAGUAAAUGUGGUGUUGAUUAUCUUUGCAGAUUUUCUAUGUAUGAUAAGUUUUCUAUGCUAUGGUGGGACUAUCUAGCUACCCCAUAAUUUUCAAUUACUAAUGGUUAUAUUUUU